UCUUUCCUGCCUAACCCAAACCAAACCCUUUCCUUUACAUUCCAUUCCAUUCCCACAUUCUCUACAAUUAAAGCUCAAAUCUCUUGAAUUCAUCUUUCAAACUCUGUUUUACCAUCGAAGUUCCGGUUUUUCCAAGAAAAUACUAUGUUUUCUUCAAUAAAACACUCCCCGUCUUCUUUCACCUCCACAGAUUUCUUCCCCAAGAAACGUUCAAUCCCCAGACCCCAAUUCUCUCCGUUACCCAUUAUCAAGAACCUCCAUGUUAACAUCCCCAGCCAGUCUUUCUCUUCUCAUAAACCACUCCACGUUUCCUCCAUCGAGAAUCUCGCGGUUUCGAAUAAGACCCAACAAAGAAAAACAGAGUGUCAUGCCUACGAAGCCGACAGGUCCAGGCCUCUGGACAUAAACAUCGAUUUACCCGACGAGGAAACAAGUCUUGAAGCAGCUAAAAAGAUUAAGAUCGGGAUUUACUUUGCUACUUGGUGGGCUUUGAAUGUUGUUUUCAAUAUAUAUAACAAGAAGGUCCUCAAUGCCUUUCCUUUCCCUUGGCUUACCUCUACUCUGUCUCUUGCUGCUGGCUCUUUGUUGAUGCUCAUAUCUUGGGCCACUCGAGUUGCUGAUGCUCCUAAAACCGACUUUGAAUUUUGGAAGACCCUUUUCCCUGUUGCAGUGGCACAUACUAUUGGACAUGUAGCAGCAACCGUGAGCAUGUCGAAGGUUGCUGUUUCAUUCACACACAUCAUCAAAAGUGGUGAACCGGCGUUCAGUGUUUUGGUCUCGAGAUUUCUACUUGGUGAAGCGUUUCCGUUGCCGGUUUACUUGUCGCUGUUGCCGAUUAUUGGUGGUUGUGCGCUUUCGGCUUUCACCGAGCUCAAUUUCAACAUGACAGGUUUCAUGGGGGCCAUGAUAUCGAAUUUGGCGUUCGUUUUUCGCAACAUAUUCUCGAAGAAAGGAAUGAAUGGGAAAUCAGUCAGUGGGAUGAACUACUAUGCAUGUUUAUCAAUGUUAUCUCUGUUGAUCCUUACACCUUUUGCAAUAGCUGUUGAGGGUCCUCAGCUUUGGAACGUUGGCUGGCAGAAGGCAGUCUCACAAAUUGGACCCAAUUUUGUCUGGUGGGUGGUAGCUCAGAGUGUGUUCUAUCACUUAUAUAACCAGGUUUCAUACAUGUCUCUGGAUCAAAUAUCUCCCUUGACAUUCAGCAUCGGGAACACGAUGAAGAGGAUUUCGGUUAUCGUCUCGUCUAUCAUCAUCUUCCACACGCCCGUUCGACCGAUCAAUACUCUUGGAGCUGCCAUUGCAAUCCUUGGAACCUUCCUUUAUUCACAGGCGAAGCAGUGAGAAAGGUGCAGCGAUUUCGAAGAUUUUGGUGAACUGACAUGAACGAUGAUAGAAGCUCGAUGAGAUGUAUAUUAGGAAGGAAUUCAUGAUAGUGGAAGCUUUUUGAUUUGUUGAUGCUGAGAAUGGACUUGGUUUUGAUGCAAUGCUUGUGUUUAUAGUGAAAUAAGACUAGUUUGUUGAUGC